AUGUCCCACAGACACCACUUCCAGUGCUUUCAGUGCGUGAAUGCAGAGGAUGUCCAUAGACCUUUAUUUUACUGCCGGCAUCACACCAGCCGCUUCCCCCUGAUCCCUCAGCACGGUGUGGUGGGUCACUACAACCCACACGAGGACUGCUGUCUGUCCUCCGAGUGCAGACAUGGCCCGACCCAGGAGACCCUGGAGCCUCUGUGCCAUGCGCCAUGCUACCUGCAUCAUCCACCGCACAUCCCCAGGAGACCAAAGCAGGCUCCCGAGGCCCAGCCGGGGCACGACCACCACAUCCAUCACCACAGGCACAAGAGGGUGAUGCUGGUGAAACACAGCGACCCAUCGUGUAGGAAAUCUAUUGUUCUGCACAGAAGGGGUCUGCGCAGUCUGGGCCUGUUUCUGAAAGAGGCCUCAGAACUCAUGCAGUACCAAGUCAGGAAAAUGUACACUCUGGAGGGGCACAAGAUUGAAACAAUUCAGGGUCUGAUGCAAUGCCCCAGUGUGCUUGUGUGUGUCGGACGAGAGCCAUUUCAGCCCACAUUUGUAGACAGAUUUACAAAUGUUGAAAAAAUGCAGAUGGAAGAUGUCUAUGCAGAUAGAACAAAGAUGGAUUCUGCUCCCAGCCCGGCCAUGCACUCUGUGUCCUCUGACAAGUCUUUACCAGAUGGAACACUUUCACCUGAGAAUGUUGACAAAUGCAACGCACAAGACAGAUUGAGAGAAGACGACAUUGAAAAAUCGGGUGAAGCUGAGAAUGAAAUCGUUGAAGAUGAUAAUGACAAUACAAAGGAGAGUGUGGAAGAACAGGGGGAAGAUCAAAAGGUGGAGGAAGAACCAACACGCCAAGAUGAAAAUGAAGAUGAGGAGACUCUGGCCUUAAGUGCAGAUGAGAACCAAGGCAAAUCCAAAGACGACAUUUCCAUGCAUGAUUCUGGAGAGGAGGAACCCACUUCACAAGAUGAACUCACAGAGACUACGGCAGAGGUGGAGUUGGAUGCCGCCAGUGGUGAUCAAUCUGAUGUAGGUGAAUCUGGUAAUGCUGCAAGUGAAGGAACAACUAAUUCCGAAGAGGAAAAUUCAAUAUCUGAAGAUAAUUCAGAAAAGACUUCUUCGGAACCCACAGGAGCACCCUCCACUGAAGAAACCGGUGAUAAUGAUGCCAUCCAAGAGAAAGAGGAUAAUAACAAUCAUGAUGACAAUGUAGAAGUGGACAAAACUAUAAACGAAUCUGAAAUAGACCAAGAUGAGGAGGGGGAGACACAGGCCACAAGCGGAAAUGAAAAUGAAACAGCGUCAGACAAUGAGGCAAGUGUUGAUGAAGAUAUUGAACGCUUAAAAAAUGCGGAGGAACAAGGUGAAGAAAUUGAGGAGGAAAAAACAGGUGAAGCAGAGGAGACACUUUCUGUUGAAAAUGAAACAAAUAUGGAAGGCGAAGUUGACGAAACAGAGAAUGAUCACGAGGAAGAGGAAGCAAAUGAGAUAGAUGGAGAACAGAACAAACCUCCUUGUGAGAGUAAUGACGACGACAAAGCAAAUAGUGAAGAUACUGACGGAGGAAAUAACACCGAGGAACAUGCGGACGUGGAAGAAGCAAUUCAAGACAAGGGCGAGGACUCUCCAGAUGUCAGUGGAGAUGAGUCAAGGAAUUCCAUGCAAGAACAUCUUGAAGAUUGUAAUGACAAGGAGGAAAUGGAAAAUGAAAAAAAUAUGGAAGGUUUUACAGUAAAUGAAGAAAAAGAUGGCGAACCGGACGAAGAAGAAAAUGAUUCAGAGGCAGAAGAUGAUGAUGGAGAAGCGGAUAAGUCCAGUAAAGGGGAUGAAAUGGUGAUGACUGAGAACUUACAAAAUGAUGAAGAUUUAAUCGAUGAGAAUGAGCAGAAAUGUGAUUCUGUUGAGGAAGAAGAGGCAAGUGAGAACAACGCAACAGAUGAACAGAACGAACCUCCUGGUGAAAGUGAAGAUAUAGAUGAAGGGAAAAGUGAUGAGGAACAUACUGAUAUCACUGAAGAAAAUGUUGAACAAGCAAGGACUGCUGAGGAAGACGAGGACAAGGACUCUCCAGUCGUCAGUGGAGACGACUCUGGAAAUUCAACGCAAGAACAUGCCGAAGCUUGCGAUGAAAAUGAGGAAACAGGUUGUACGGUAAACGAAGAAGAAAAUGAUGGAGCUGACAAAACAGAAAUUGAUUCAGAAGAACAUGAUGAAGAUUUAAUCAACGAGAAUGAAACGAAAAGUGAUUCUGAAGAGCAAGAUCACGAGGAAGAGGAAAGUGAGAACAAUGCAACAGAUAAUGAGCAGAAUGAACCUCAAAGUGAGAGUAAGGACAACGACAGAGCAAAUAGUGAAGAUAUGGACGGAGAGAAAAGCGAGGAGGAACAAACUGAUACAGCUGAAGACGAGUCUCAGGAUUCAAUGCAAAAGGAGGAAACGGAAAAUGCUGAAAUAAUGGAGCAAAAGUCGGGAGACGAUGUUGAGGAAGUCGAUGAACCUGCGGAAAGCAACACAGAGCCAGAUGAAGUCCAAAAUCAAGAGGUAUCUGAGAAUGAAGAAAACAGCCAAGAGCAGUCGGAAAAUGACAGUGAAGUUGAUAAUGGUGGCACUAACGAUGACAAUGAAGAAGAUGAAGAGUCUCCUGCUGAGGCCGCGCAAGCCUCCAUUGAGGAAACCAGUGACAAUGAGGCUGGACAUGACAAAGAAGCAAACACCAUUGAUGACGACAAAGAAACAGAGGCACAGACUGUAAGCGAUGCUGAAACGGAUCACGAUAGAAAGGAGGAAACACCUGUCACCAGUGGGGAUGAAAACGACACAGGGACAUGCAAAGAGGCUGAAGAAGAAGUCACGGAUGAAGAACGAGAACUAAGCGAAGACGAAAAGGUUGAAGUUGAUGAUGAAACCGUUGCGCAAAUUUCAGCAGCCAGUGAUGAUGAUGAUGACGAGGACAAGGGGAAAGAGAGCGAUAACGUGGAUGCCGGGUCAAACCGUGAAAGCAACAAAACUCCUGCUACCAGCGGAGUGGAGUCCGCAAACGAAGAAGACACCACCGACCAUGAAACUCCAUUGACGAAGGAAGAUGUAGAGGCUGAGGAAAAUUCAGAUGUAGAAGAGGCCACAGAAGAGGUUCAUGAGGAAGAAAAGGACAAAGAAGCCAACGCAGAAACAAGUGAAAGUGAAGAUGAGACUCCUGCUACAAGUGGAGAUGAGUCUGCAAAAGAGAGCAGCGAUGAGGAAAGCGAUGCGGUGGAGAAGGACGACGCUCCCAAAGGCGGACAAGAUGCAGAAACACUCGAGAGUCGGUCAGAAAACAAAGGUGGCGACGAUGUUUCUGAAUCAAGUGCGGAUGAAAAAGAGGAGAGUAACCGUGAGUCCGAAGAUGAGGUAGUCUCCAAAGCUGAUUCGGAAGAAGAUUCAGCCUCAGUGGAAAGGAAUGGACCAAAUGUAAACGGAUGGUUUUUCAAAGAUUUGAGUCGAAGAGAAACUGAGCGACUCCUUUUAGCUCCAGGAAACAAGCCUGGUUCAUUUCUGGUCAGAGAAAGUGAGAGUAAUAAAGGGUCUUAUUCACUGUCAGUCAGAGAUCAUGUCCCGAGAGAAGGAGAUGUGGUCAAACACUACAAGAUCCGCAGUCUGGAUAAAGGAGGUUACUACAUCACUCCUUCAAACUCCUUUGUGGUCCUGCCAGACCUCAUCAAAUAUUACAACCGUACAGCAGACGGCUUGUGCCAGCAGCUUGUUACUCCUUGCAAACCCAGGACUCCACAGCGGCCGUGGGCUGCGGAUGAGUGGGAGAUCCCCAGGGACACACUGAAAAUGGUGAAGAAACUUGGCGCUGGGCAGUUUGGAGAAGUCUGGAUGGGUUUCUAUAAGAACACGCAGAAAGUGGCUAUUAAGACUCUGAAGGAGGGAACCAUGGAGCCAGAGGCCUUUCUUCAAGAGGCAAAUCUGAUGAAGCAGUUACAACAUGAGCGCCUGGUGCGACUUCACGCUGUGGUCACGAAAGAACCCAUCCUCAUCGUGACCGAGUUCAUGGUGAACGGUUGUCUUUUGGAUUUCUUAAAAAACGGCGAAGGCAGAUAUUUGAAGCUCGCUAAAUUAAUAGACAUGUCCGCCCAGAUAGCUGAGGGGAUGGCAUAUAUUGAAAUAAAAAACUACAUCCACCGUGAUGUCCGUGCAGCCAACAUUUUGGUCAGCGAUACUCUGGAUUGUAAGAUUGCAGACUUUGGACUGGCGCGCAUCAUCGAGUCUGAAUAUACUGCACAGGAAGGUGCAAAAUUUCCAAUCAAGUGGACGGCUCCAGAAGCCAUAAAUUAUGGCACGUUCAGUAUUAAGUCAGAUGUUUGGUCUUUUGGAAUACUUCUGACAGAAAUAGUCACAUAUGGAAGAAUCCCAUAUCCAGGAAUGACCAACCCGGAGGUGGUCAAGAUGCUGGAGCAGUUGUACCGGAUGCCGUGUCCUGAGGGCUGUCCUGCAGAACUCUAUGACAUCAUGAUGAUGUGCUGGAAAGAGGAGGCCGUCGAAAGGCCCACGUUUGAGUUUUUACAAAACACUCUCAACGACUUCCUCAUUGCCACAGAAGGACAGUACGAGUUAGAUCCUUAA